AUGCGAGGCGAUGCAUUAAAAAAGAAGUGGUGGCUGACUAUGGUGAUAUGUUUGGUGACACAGCAAUUUUAUCCAGCCAUUGCGCAUUCCUUACCGGCAGAGAAAAAAGUUUUAACAGAGUCAGACGGCUACCAUCGCAUCAUUAAAAAAGCAGCUGCGCGUCAUUUCCCAGAGAUCAGCAGCUCAGAGAAGCAUUCAGAUACCCAAAUUCACCACAGACAGAAAAGAGGAAUUGGCGGAGUUUUUAAAUUUGUGCUCUCCAAUUUUUGGGACGAUAUCGCGUGUGCCGGUAUGCUGUUGGCGCAGCAGCUGGACUGUGGAAGUCUCACCCCAGGGAACUGUAAAAAGCUAGAUGAGCUAGAUGCCAAGAGAGCUCAGAUCACCGCCAAGGUCAACGCGACAUUAGAGCGCGAGGUCUACUGGUCCGUGCUAAACUAUACCAACGACGAAGCCAUUGAUUACAUCAGCAAGAUCAGCAAGGAGCUCGAAGUCAUCGCAAGCUCGAACAUUCGGCUCAUGGAGAUUCUGCGAACCAUCAGCGUCGUCGAGGAGAAUGAGACGGUAUACGUUCCCGAUAAUAAUGACGAAGUAGUUGAGCAGCAGAUACGAUUCAGGGCAAACCUCACAGAGUUCAUAAACGGCAUGAGGGCCACGACAGAGGAACUGGAAUCGGAAAUCGCCGAUUAUUAUAAGAAAGAUUUUGCUAUGCUUGCAAUGAUGACCUUGAUUCCCAUCCUGGCUAUGCACACAGGUUUGAUCACGACUACGGCAAGAACAUGGGCGCUUAGCCAGUCUCAGAAUUACCAAGUCGUAGAAUUAGUCGGGGCAAGAGGCUCGUAUCAACUCGCGUAUGAUAAAAAUGGGAAAAUGUUCAUCGUCCAACAGGAGCCAGGCAAUCUAGGAAAACUGAAAGUCUACGCCAAGCUCAGCGAAACUGGUAAGAGGCCAUGCAUAACUACUUGUUACUUCAUGUGUUACAACAUUUCAGGAAUUGGCGGAGUUUUUAAAUUUGUGCUCUCCAAUUUUUGGGACGAUAUCGCGUGUGCCGGUAUGCUGUUGGCGCAGCAGCUGGACUGUGGAAGUCUCACCCCAGGGAACUGUAAAAAGCUAGAUGAGCUAGAUGCCAAGAGAGCUCAGAUCACCGCCAAGGUCAACGCGACAUUAGAGCGCGAGGUCUACUGGUCCGUGCUAAACUAUACCAACGACGAAGCCAUUGAUUACAUCAGCAAGAUCAGCAAGGAGCUCGAAGUCAUCGCAAGCUCGAACAUUCGGCUCAUGGAGAUUCUGCGAACCAUCAGCGUCGUCGAGGAGAAUGAGACGGUAUACGUUCCCGAUAAUAAUGACGAAGUAGUUGAGCAGCAGAUACGAUUCAGGGCAAACCUCACAGAGUUCAUAAACGGCAUGAGGGCCACGACAGAGGAACUGGAAUCGGAAAUCGCCGAUUAUUAUAAGAAAGAUUUUGCUAUGCUUGCAAUGAUGACCUUGAUUCCCAUCCUGGCUAUGCACACAGGUUUGAUCACGACUACGGCAAGAACAUGGGCGCUUAGCCAGUCUCAGAAUUACCAAGUCGUAGAAUUAGUCGGGGCAAGAGGCUCGUAUCAACUCGCGUAUGAUAAAAAUGGGAAAAUGUUCAUCGUCCAACAGGAGCCAGGCAAUCUAGGAAAACUGAAAGUCUACGCCAAGCUCAGCGAAACUGGUAAGGUUGGGUCAUUUUGGAAGUUCAUGAUGCCAGCGGGCCAGAGUGCGGCUACGAAGUCCUUUUUGGAAUCCGUUGACUACAAUCGGGCUAAACAAGUAGCCAGUUUGAUGAGGCUGGAACCUGACUACCUGCAGAAACUGAAGUCGACGGGCCAUCUCCCGGCUUUUCUGCGAUCAACCGACGGACUGACCACACAGCAGUUUGACGAGUUUGUCGAAACCGCUAAAACCAAAGACCCGAAGGUGAUGUUUAGCGCCGAGUUUGCGGACACAACCAUGCCAAAAUGGAUGAGUCAAACAUUAAGCAUUUUCGACCCAAGUGAUAUAGCGGCUGUGGACGCGUACAACAAGCUGAAAGCGGCUAACCCAGACCUACUGGCAGAUCUGGAGAAAAAAGGGAAACUUGGCGCCUUUAUCUCGCAGUCCAAAGGUCUGGUAGGUGACGAUUUCAACGAAUACAUGAAUAAAGUCAAGCAAGCAAACCUUGAAGUUGAUGGCCUGAAGAAUUUCGACUUCGAUGCACCCGCCAAAAGUGUGAAAUCGUUUAGCUGGGAGAAAAUUAAGUCUGGCUGGGCGUCCAUUGCGAACAAACAACUGUUUGAUUUCCAAGGAAGGAAGAUCAAAGUCAGUACCUUUGUUAAUAUGGCCAACAUCGGUUCUUUGCUCAACGUCGGGCUGUGCAUAUACAUUGCCGCAGAAAGCAGCAUUACAGUGGACGAACAAGUCGAAGAAAUCGAAAGGCGCGUCAACAAAGCCUCCGACGAGAUCGAUGAAAAGAUGGCCGAAUUGGAAGUCCUGAUAACCGACGAAGAGAAUUACUUUGAUACAGUGAAAAAUAACUUCUAUGAUAUCGUCAGCAUGUUUGAUGUGAGCGAGGACUCCACCGGAAUCGCCGCCGACCCGGACUGCCAAGAUUCCCUCUGCAUUUUCUUAAGAGACGCUGCCGAGUUGAACCCAAUAAAGAACUACAUCGCCGCUUGGCCGAACGCUUCCAUCACCAACGAGACCAUUUUGCACGCCCAGGCCUACUUCCUGGGUAACCUCACGGAAUCCAAGUACCAAAUGGUCCAGCUAUACCGAGUGGCCGAGAUGGUGGCACAAGUCAUGAUCUGGGUCCAAAGCGACGAAUCCAUUGACCAGAUGAUGGCAAACGCCGUCACGCUUUCCAAACCAUUCGACUCCAAAUACGACCUACUCCGCCUCAUUGCCCUGGCGUUCCCCGAUAGAGACGAGUACACUGGGUAUCCCCUGAAGUGCAUCCGCAGCGGAAGCAUAACUAGCGAAGCGGAGCUAGAUACGUGGAUGACCAGUAACCAGGUUAAGACGAUAGACCCCGACGUCACCGACUACAUUUCAUCAGGAGUUGAUUUUGACCAAUCUGUUAGCUCUAUUGUAGGGAAGUUGGUCACUAAGUAUCCAACGGGUUGUGGCGGUGGGGAAUGCACCACUGAAGACGUUCUUAAGGAAAUCGCCGUCAAUGUCCUUCCCAGUGCCGACAUAUACGACGGCGUCGAUCUUGCUCCUUACAGAGUCGUUACGAUCACCUGUCCUGCGGAAACUACCACUACAACUACAACCACCACGCCACCAAGUCCAACAAUAUCCGAAGAGCUACUGCAACGCAUUAGAGACAUGUUCAAAAAUAUAAGGCUUCCAACGUUCCCGAGUUUUUCUUGGGGUCGAAAAUAA